CCCGGCUGUGGGGCGCUCCCCCGAGCGGCCGUGGAGUAGCUGGACUGCGGCCGUUGCCGAAGCGCGGGGAACGCAACUGUGCCCUGGUGCGCCCCAGGUUUCCGGGCACAUCGGGGCCACCAGCGUCGGAAGCGUCCUGCGCGGAGAACCCCAAGAGGGGCUGAGAAGCCCCCAGGCUCCUGCGGCCGGUCCCGGCGCCAUGAAGGACCGGCUUGCAGAGCUUGUGGAGUUGUCCCAAAGCUACGAUCAACAACAGUUGGCAGACGGAGAUGAUGACUCGGACCCGCCGGGCGAGUUCCUCAUGUUCGAGACGGACCACCUGCUGGAGUCCCUGUACCGAGACAUCCAGGACCUCCAGGUGGAAAACCAACUGCUGGCGGCCGACGUGAAGCGCCUGGGGAAGCAGAACGCGCGCUUCCUCACGUCCAUGCGGCGCCUGAGCAGCAUCAAGCGCGACACCAACUCCAUCGCCAAGGCCAUCAAGGCGCGGGGCGAGGGCAUCCACCGCAAGCUGCGCGCCCUGCAGGAGCGCGGCGAGGAGGCCGAGGCCCGGCACGGCGCGCACUCGGCGCUGGCGCGCAUCUGGCGCGCGCAGCACGGCGCGCUCGCGCGCACCUUCCAGCGCGCCAUGCACGAGUACAACCAGGCCGAGAUGAAGCAGCGCGACAACUGCAAGCUCCGCAUCCAGCGGCAGCUGGAGAUCAUGGGCAAGGACGUGUCGGGAGAGCAGAUCGAGGACAUGUUCGAGCAGGGCAAGUGGGACGUGUUCUCCGAGAACCUGCUGGCCGACGUGAAGGGCGCCCGGGCCGCGCUCAACGAGAUCGAGAACCGCCACCGCGAGCUGCUGCGCCUGGAGAGCCGCAUCCGCGACGUGCACGAGCUCUUCCUGCAGAUGGCCGUGCUGGUGGAGAAGCAGGCCGACACGCUGGACGUCAUCGAGCUCAACGUGCAGAAGACCCUCGACUACACCGGCGAGGCCAAGGUGCAGGUGCGCAAGGCCGUGCAGUACAAGAGGAAGAACCCCUGCAGGACCCUCUGCUGCUUCUGCUGCCCCUGCCUCAACUAGCGACCGCC